GGUUCUGUAAAACACUUUCCCCUUCUCUCUGUCAGCCUUUGGGAGGACUCUCGUCCUGACUCGGUGGAGGUUCCUCUCCCUCUUCCCCCAGCCCCUCAUCCCUCCUCGGCGCGGCAGCCCACCCCGGAGGGCAUCGGUAUCAGCCCUCUCCGGUGCGCCGGGGAAGUUGCUGACAUGCCUGCCGCUGGGUCCCGGUGCGGCGGCAGCGGCGGGGAGCCGGAUUUAAAGGGGAAUUGUGCUGCAGACAAUGCACAGCAGCAGCAUCUGGAGCAGCCCUGGGGACUGGAGCUCCGGUUUUGACAUUGCUGCACACACAGCACCAGCCGCAAUGACAGCAGCUGCCUGGAGUGGCUGCAGGCAGCAGGCAGGAGCAUGAAGUAGAGAGAUCACUGCAGUGCUCAAGAUGAACUCCUCUUUGGUUGGCAACCAGAGUGGCCGGCCCUUCUGUCUCCUGGCCAUUAGCUAUUUGGAGACCAUCAAUUUUUGCCUCCUGGAAGUAGUUAUUAUUGUGUUCCUCAUGGUGCUGAUUAUUUCGGGCAACAUUAUUGUGAUAUUUGUCUUUCACUGUGCACCUCUGCUGAACCACCACACCACCAGCUACUUCAUCCAGACUAUGGCGUAUGCUGACCUCCUGGUGGGCGUGAGCUGUCUGGUGCCUUCUUUGUCUCUGCUGCACUAUCCUAUUGUUUUAAGUGAGUCCUUGGUUUGCCAAAUCUUUGGUUACGUGGUGUCAGUGCUGAAGAGCGUCUCCAUGGCCUCCCUGGCCUGCAUCAGCAUCGACAGAUACAUCGCCAUCACGAAGCCCCUGACCUACAACACGCUGGUUACCCCCUGGAGGCUGCGGAUCUGCAUCUUGACCAUUUGGCUCUACUCCUGCCUGGUCUUCUUGCCCUCCUUUCACUGGGGAAAGCCUGGAUAUCACGGGGACGUGUUCCAGUGGUGCGCCAACUCCUGGAACACCGAUCCCUAUUUCACCCUCUUCAUUGUGGUGAUGCUCUACGCCCCGGCCGCUUUCAUCGUCUGCUUCACCUACUUCAACAUCUUCCGCAUCUGCCAGCAGCACACCAAGGAGAUCAACGAGCGGCGCGUGCGCUUCAGCUCGCAGGACGGGGAGGCUGGCGAGGCGCAGCCCUGCCCGGACAAGCGCUACGCCAUGGUCCUCUUCCGCAUCACCAGUGUCUUCUACAUCCUCUGGCUGCCCUACAUCAUCUACUUCCUGCUGGAGAGCUCCAACGUCUACAGUAACCGCGUCGCGUCCUUCUUGACCACUUGGCUUGCCAUUAGCAACAGUUUCUGCAACUGUGUCAUUUACAGUCUCUCCAACAGUGUCUUUCAGAAGGGGCUGAAGCGUCUCUCGGGGGCCAUCUGUGCCUCGUGUGCUAGACAGAGGGUAGCUAAGGACUCCUCUACCUCUAGGAGCAAAAGAUCUUCCAAUGGAUGUCAUGUCUAGGACGCCCGUCAGCUGGACUGGGAAGUGCAGGGACAAUUGCGUAGAUUGCAAAAUAACUUAGAUACGAUUUUAAGAUACCCAGAUUUGCAAAAAGGUUUCUGAGAAAUGCUGCUGACAUAGAAGGAUCAGGAGCACACAGCGUUGUGGUUUCACUUUAAAAAAUGAUUGCUGUGGAGGAGGCUGUGGAGUUUCACCUCCACAUUCAUUUUAAAGAAUAAAGCUGUAUCUUGACACUUACCUCUCCAGCUGGUGUGACUGAAUGGAGUGGGUGUCUGAGAGCUUCGGCAAAAUGUAGUCUUUCUUACAGCUUUACUGGGUUCUUUGGAGAUUCGUGCUUCACAUGUAAAUGAUAGAUCUGAAGUGGAAAUGUCACAGUCUAUGGUAUAUUACAGGGAUUUUUUUAAUAUAUGCCAAAGUAUAUUGACACAAUGUUCCAGCGUCAGAACAGAAGGGGCCAAACAAUUUGUUUUUCAGUGCUACCUAGACAGGACUUGUAGAACAGGAGUGAACAAUGUGAACAUUUCAGUGUGAACUCUGUUAAUGAGCCGUGAGUGCAGCGCUGUGGUGUGGGCAGGCUCACUCCUAGGGCUGGUCUGGCUCCCGUGCCCCGUUUCCCUGGUAGGAUGCAUGUUUGGAUCUGAGUGCGGCAUCUGCGUUUUCCUGUUUGUUGUGAAGUAAGAAGAAAAACUUGGAUCAGACCAAAUUUAGCAGUUAAAUAAAAUGUGUUUUGAUAAGCUAAGAGAAAAUACGUGUUGCUUUAUGAUACCAGAGUUGUGGCAGCCGCUCAAGGAUGAUGCCAACAUGUGAAAAUUGUUCUCAAACCAGUGGAGAAAUGCCGCGGGUUUGUAUGUGGAAAUUUUCUCAAGAACAACUUUAAAAAUAACAUGUCCCCUUUUUUUUUUUUUUUAAUCUAAAUUCUUCUGAUAUUUUACAUACUGGAACUUAAGGGGAAAGGAAAGAAAACAAUUGUCUUCUAAACAGCUAAGGGAACUAUGUUGUAAAUUUAACUGUAGUAUUUGAGUUAUUCAUAAGUGCACAGAGCUAAAUCAGAGACAUUUUUCUUUAGCCUUCAUGGGAUUAAAGAUGGUUCAAAUAUAGCAGGAGCUAAAUCCUGCUGGCAAAAGCAUAUCUAACUGCUCAGACAAAGGCAAUAUCUGAGGAACCAAAUCUCAUUGACCACAGCUUGUUCAAGCUAGCCUAGAUUAAAUGUUUUGAGUACUGUCAUGCUGUUAAGAAGACAGAAUGGCCCUCAAGUUGUUGAGUUUUUCCUAAAGAAUAUCCUGGUCUUUUUACUAUGCCAUUUUGGAAAUGAAAGUGAACCAAGUAUUGCUGUAGUGGUGGAUUGCAGUGUCACCCUGUCCCUGGUGCAGGGCUGUCCCUCUGUCUCUCCUGCUCUGAGAGGAGGUUGUGCCCCCGACCCUCUGCCCUCUGUGCCCCUCCUUGUGCUUCCCGCCACUGCCUUGGGCUGCUGAGUGGGGAAUUCCCUGAGCUCCUCUCUACAGCUGGUGUGCUCUUAGUCACAGUGGGAAUGAAAAAAAGGAUAGGGAAAAUAAUGUGAUAUUUUUGGAAUUGGGGUAAUUCUCUUGGCCAAGGGAAGGCUUUGUUUUUGUUAAGUCGUUUCAAGUCUGUGUUGUUCUAGAUCAAGAUUGUAUUUUUAAUACUCUGCCCUGUCCCUCCUGCAGACUCCCCCUCCUCUCUGGUGUGCUGUGAGCCCUGGCCUCUCCUCUCUGCCUUGCCCUGGCAGAUAGCAGCUUCUCUCUGCCCCAUCACAUGCCACGAUUGCCACAGCCCAGCCCUGCUGCCCAUCCACAUUUGCUCCAGUGCAGUCUCGUGGGGCUGCCAGUGAGGAAAUGGGGAAGGAGAGAGAGAGCAGCAGGAUGAAGCAUUCCUGGCAUGGCAUGCAUUUGUCAGCACUCAGGGCUGGUACACUUGAGUUCCUCUCCUGGAUGUGAGUGUACCUGCUCAGGGGGGAGUGGGGCAGAGCCUCCUGCUACUGCUGCCUCCUUCUGUUGGAGGGCCCUGGGGCAAAGCAUUUAAGUGGCAUCUUGACCAGCUUCCAGCUAUUUCAUCCACAGUCAGUCCAAAGCUCUCAAGAUAAACAUCCUCUUUGGUUCAUCUGAAAUUUUAAGAGCACAGGUUGUCUGAACCCUGCUGCCUUCACACCACCCUUUGUUGCAGUGUGCAGAGGAGCAGAGGGGCUGUGCUGGCUCCUGGCAGAGCCCUGCAGGGAGUUUGGCUCAGACACAGCCGUGGUGGGGAGCGCAGGCCUGCAGUGGCUCACUGGGGAGAGAAGUGGGAUGAUAAACUCCUGCACCUCCUGGCUGGUUGUCUCGAGUGCUCGGUGGGUGUGAUGGCAAAGGUGGGCUUUGGGGAACAAUUCAAGGGCUUUAGUCACUAAUAUCAGUGUGUGUGUGUGGUAUUUUUGGAACAGCCUCUCAGGUAAACUCCCCGUAGCCUUUCUCUGACUCUUCACCUUAUCUAACAUUGCCAAGUCUUUGAAAUGAUGCAGUGUAUCACUGAAAUAGCAUUUGAUUGAACUUAAUAGAAGAGAAGAAUCUGCUGGGGCCUAAAACCCUAGAAAUGGCAGUUUCAGGUUUAAGGGGAAGCUGCAAAGCAAAGAUUGUUUCUUUUAGGGCUUUUUAUGGCUAAAUAGAGGGUUUAAAUAGGAGCAUUGUGUGCUAGUUUUUUAAAAUUUUGAAAGUUUUUGAAACUGGUAAGGGGUCUAAAUCAUGGCAUGGAGAUUGAACUGGAGCUGAAGCAGUUGCUCCUUCAGCCCUGAGCCUGAAUUGCACUUGGAGCACGGUGGCUGAUCCAGAUGCAGAUGCAUUCUUGCAGCUGUUGCUGCUUUGCAGCAAAGGUUCAGUUCUAACAUUCCUGACAGCCAGGCUGUUUUCAGUUGCCUUACUCAUCUCCAGGUCUUCCUAAGCUCAGACAUUUCCUGUAAGAGGUGAAAAUCAGAAUCUGGAAGUCUCUGAGAUAUAAGGAUGGAGAGGAGUUGCAGCCAAUUGAUGCAUUCAAGUUUCAUCUACUGUACAGACACUUCUAGUGUUGCUUCAUUACCUUGGUUUUAGUGUCAAAUAUUCUCUUUUUGUCUCUGUUAAUUUAUUGAUAUUUUAAAAAUUUAAAUUACUUUUUUUCCCCUCUUAAUUUAACGUUGAUAUAGUAUGUGUAGUAUGUGUUUAGGUGUUUUAAAUAUUUAUAGCAUUUGGGUCUGUUGUCUUCAGUGAAAUUGCAGGGGGUGAAUUCUGUUCACUGUGCCAGUGGUGGGAAAAAUAAUUUUGACAAGCAUGACUUUGUUUCUCAGCAGUGCACUGAACACCUUUGGUCAUGCACCCAGCACAGGCACAGGGGUCCUUGCUAGGAAUGGUCAGGCAGCAGAUUUUCCAGCUGGAUUAUUUUCAUCCUCCACAUCUGAAAUGAAUCCACGUCUGGCUCUGUUUGUGUCUGGGUGCUUUGGAAAUGAGUGGUGAGAGCAUUGCACAGAUGAAUGUCACGCUGAGGAGAGGACAGAAAUCAAAUUGCAUCUUCAUAAAAAUGGGGCUGUGAGAUGAUUAAAUGAACUAAUUUUGAAGUUCCAUCUCAGACUAUAAAUUUAUUUUUUAUUAGAGUUAUCUGCCUCACUUUCAAAUUAAGCUGCUGGAAGGUUCAAUUUGCAAGAUGCAAUUCAGUGGCUUUUUUUAGUGCCAUGGGAAGGAUUUCUAUACUCACAGCUUCUCAGAAGAUGCUAAUUUGCUUCAUGUAGAAGUCCUUUUUUAUUUAAUUUUUUUAAAGAUUACUGGAAGUUUAGGUUGUGAUUAUGUUGUCAUUUUCCAAAUAUACUGGGAAAAUAUCUGUGAAAUAUUAUUUUUUUAUUAUCUCAAUCAAAGGAUAGUAUUUUUAAACUCAGCAGAAAUCUUGUGUGUCAAACAAAAGUUUUGCUAUUAUCUACUGUUAAUUUUUUUAUUAAAUGUUACCAGUUUCUACAGUCUUUAUUUGUCGUUGGGGGGUUUGUUUUUAGGCUUUUUAUCACUCAGAAAUAUGUUUCUACUACUUGGAAUUCUGACAUGGCUCAGUGUCAGAGUGCCAAGGGGCAGUUUUGGAUAUUUGUCACAAGUCUUUGACAGGAAGAAGGGUACAGAGUACUGAGGCACAGAGAAUUGCAGGAGACAGAGAAUUCCCAGUGGCAUUGUUCCCUCCCUCUCAUAUAAACACUUCAUGUGUGAGAACCCUAAAUUUCAGUUUGUCUCUUCUGAAAAAAGACACUUCCAAGGCCUGGAUGUGAUAUGAGAUGGAAACAUUCAUUGUGCAAAUUCAACAUGGAGAUUUUUUGCUAUUUAUCAUGGUGUUCCCAAGUGCUGUGAUUAUCAAGGCAGUAACUCCAUGAGUCAGGAAGUCUGAAAUUUCAGUCUGAUCUUACUUCACAUCAGGGUCUGAAGUUGACAGAACUUCUACGUGAGAUUGGUGCUUUAAAAAAUAUUUCUUAGGAACCAGUAUGUGAGCACAGGUAUCUGCCUUCAGACUUCACAAAAAAAAAGACCCUUCUAAAAAUUUUCCAAUUCAUCUGUUUUAGAUAAUUUAAUAAGAGGAGGUGGAGGUUUUGGAAGGCUUUUUUGUUGUUGUUUUAGCGCGUUUGGUUCUGAGUUUUUGAAGCACCUGCUGAAACUUCUGCCUGACCUGGCCCUUAUUUUAUUGUUUGGUUUAGAAAGGUUUCUUCUUCCCUUCCAUGACUUUGCAGAAUACAGCACAUCCUUCCCCUGGUGUCAUUCAAGAUAAAACUCAGAUUUUAAUCCAAGUUUAUCCAAAUGUUAUCUUUAGUAUUCCCUAUACAGUGAGUGCUGUUGUGUGUGUGGGGCUGU